AUGCUUAUUUUCAUUGGAUGGAACGUGAUUGUUUCCAUUUUCAAAUUCGACCAGGUGGUGGCGGACGUCAAGCGCAUUGCCCGAAAACCAGUGGUCAUCGUUCCGGGAGACGGCGGUAGUCGUCUCGAGGCAAGGUUGAACAAGCCGUCAGUGGUGAACCCGUUUUGUUACAGGAAGACGGACAAGUACGAAACAUUGUGGCUGAGCGUGGAAAUCGCACUGCCGUUCUUUAGCGACUGCUUGGUGGAUAACAUGAAGUUAGUGCAUUGCGAGUCGCUUCGGUGCAACGUUGCGUGCUGAAC